AUGGACCGACUUAUCCGCCCCGUCUCUCGGCAACUUCUGCGACCUUGUCUACGAUACCCCUACGCCAUUCCUCCCCCGCCUAUUGCGAAGAGACUCUACACUAUGGGACACAGCAAGCCUGAGUUGAAAGAUAAAUCUCUGUUCAUUGAGAAAUGCUACAUCAAUGGCGAAUGGGUUGGUGCCCAGUCUGGCGAGACCUUUGAAGUGCACGACCCCGCUACCGGACAACUCAUCGGCAAAUGCCCCGAACUUGACGCCUCGGACGUCGAAAAGGCCAUCCAGGCCGCCUCAGAGGCCUUCCCUUCAUUCCGCACAACACUCGCCCGCGACCGCGCCCGUAUGCUCCGCCGAUGGUAUCAAUUGAUGAUCGAUAAUGCAGAGGAUCUGGCCAAGUUGAUCACAUGGGAGAAUGGCAAGCCAUUGGCCGAUGCCAAGGGCGAAGUCAACUACGCCGCUGGCUUCUUUGAGUGGUUUAGCGAGGAGGCCCCUCGUAUCUACGGAGAUACUAUCCCGUCAUCGGUGCCCGGUAACCGAAUCAUGACCCUCAAGCAGCCUGUCGGUGUCUGUGGUCUGAUCACCCCGUGGAACUUCCCGGCUGCCAUGAUCACUCGGAAGAUUGCUCCGGCCCUGGCGGCUGGUUGUACCGUGGUUGCAAAGUCUCCUCAGGAGACUCCGUUCACUGCUAAUGCGCUGGCCGAGCUGGCUCACCGUGCCGGUAUCCCUAAGGGUGUUGUUAACAUUGUUACUGCGUCGAAGAAUACCCCUGCUGUCGGCGAGACGAUUACCACCCACCCGGAUGUGCGUAAGGUUUCGUUCACUGGCUCGACCAAUGUCGGCCGGUUGCUUAUGAAGCAGGCUUCGUCUACUAUCAAGAAGGUCUCCUGGGAGCUGGGCGGUAAUGCGCCAUUCAUUGUGUUUGAUGAUGUUGAGGAUCUUGAUGCUGCUGUUGCUGGCGCUAUUAACUCUAAGUUCCGCAGCUCCGGACAGACCUGUGUCUGUGCCAACCGAAUCUAUGUGCAGAAGGGCGUGUACGAUGAGUUUACCAAGCGCUUCACCGCCAAGGUUAAGGAAUUCAAGCUCGGUGCUGGUUUCGAGGAGGGCAUUACACACGGUCCUGUCAUUCACGAACGUGCUGCCGGUAAGGUACACGAGCACGUCCAGGACGCCACUAGCAAGGGCGCCAAGGUCUUGAUUGGUGGCCAGAAGGCCUCUGCUCUGGGCCCCAACUUCUACGAGCCCACUGUUCUGUCGGGUAUGACCAAGGAUAUGCUUAUUGCCUCAGAGGAGACCUUUGGCCCUGUGGCCGGUCUUUUCCCCUUCGAGACUGAGAAGGAGGUUGUUGACCUGGCCAACAAGGCCGAGGUUGGUCUUGCUGGUUACUUCUUCAGCGGCAAUGUGCGCCGCAUUUUCCGUGUCGCUGAGGCCCUGGAGGUUGGCAUGGUUGGUGUGAACACUGGAUUGAUCAGUGAUGUUGCUUCACCAUUUGGUGGUGUUAAACAGAGUGGUUUUGGCCGCGAGGGCAGCAAGUAUGGUAUCGAUGAGUUUAUGACCAUUAAGAGCGUUACCUUUGGCGGCAUGGGAGAACCUCUACAGGAAUAG